AGUGUGAUACAACCUUGACUAUAGCGGUACAGUUUCCUUGCGCAACACUGCUGGCAUUUAGAGACACUGCAUUUUUCCCUUCAUCAUCUCUUGUUCUCUGACCUUGUGUGUGUGUGUGUAGAAUGUCUUGUGACUAGUUAGUGGCAGAUCGGUAGAUCGGGCUUCCAGGCUGCUGGGAGAAUGGGUGGCCAUUGGUGCAUGUAUGUGUGUGUGACCUCAGACGCCGGACGGGAGAGGCUGCAGCUCAAGACUGAAGAAAACUGAGCAUGCAGAGGUUUGUGGAGGCUGAUUACUACGAGCUGGACUGGUAUUAUGAAGAGUGCACUGACGUUCUAUGUGCUGAUCGAGUGGGCCAGAUGACUAAGACAUAUAAUGAUAUAGAUGCUGUGACACGUCUCCUGGAGGAGAAAGAGCGGGAUUUGGAGUUGGCGGCUCGUAUUGGCCAGUCCCUGCUGAAAAAGAACAAAACCCUCAGCGAGAGGAACACCUUCCUGGAGGAGCAGGUGGAGCACAUACGAGAAGAGGUGUCUCAGCUGCGUCACGAUCUGUCAAUGAAGGAGGAACUCCUGCAGUUCUACACAAGUGCAGCUGAGGAGAGUGAUGGAGAGUCUGCUUCUAGCACACCUAUUCGCAGAAAUGACUCGUCUUUUACGGUCCCGAAUUACCUCCCUCUAGAUUCACUACAGAAGAAACUCUUUGACCUGGAGGAAGAGAACAUCGUCCUGCGAUCAGAGGCAAAUCACUUGGAGACAGAGACCAUCUCGUAUGAAGAAAAGGAACAACAGCUUGUAAAUGACUGUGUUAAAGAACUCAGAGAUGCUAACAUACAGAUCUCUACGAUUGCGGAGGAGCUGGCUAAGAAAACAGAGGACGCCUCUCGGCAGCAAGAGGAAAUCACACACCUCCUCUCUCAGAUCGUGGACCUGCAGAAAAAAGCCAAAUCUUAUGCACUAGAAAAUGAAGAGCUCACCCAGCACCUGGGAGCUGCUAAAGAUGCCCAAAGAGCACUAACAGCAGAGCUGAGGGAGCUGGAGGAUAAGUAUGCUGAAUGUAUGGAGAUGCUUCAUGAAGCUCAGGAGGAACUGAAGAACUUCAGGAAUAAAACGCUGCCUCUAAGUACACCGCGACGAUUCCACUCACUCGGUCUCUUCCCCAUGGACUCUUUAGCUGCUGAAAUUGAAGGCUCCAUGAGAAAAGAGAUUCAGAUGUCUGAUCCAGACAUAGAGGAACAAAGGUUGCACCCUAAACGUGUCUUUGAGACAGUGCGUAACAUCAACCAGACUGUUCGGCUGUGCUCCAUGGGCCCGUCCCCCAUGAACAUCCCAGGGUCCAAUCAGACAUCCUGUACGAAUUCCAGGCAUUCUAGUUGUCUGAGCACACCCCGUUCGAGCAUGUACGGAGGGGACGGUGUUGAAAUGGACAACCGCACUAACAGUAUGCUGAUGGAAACCCAAUCACAUCAGGACGGCUCUGAUGACUCCAACAGAAAGCCUGGCACGCCUGGCACACCCGGCUCUCGUGACCUGGAGGCGGCACUGCGUCGUCUUUCCCUUCGACGGGACAACUACAUUAGCGAGCGGCGUUUCUUUGAGGAGGAGAGAGAGCGUAAACUCAACGCCCUGGCAGAAGAGAAGAGCGAAUUAUACGAGGAGAGAGAUGGUGGGAGUGGCAGUGAAGACGGCGGCCCCCUCACUCCGGCAGACAGCAUCAUGUCUCUGGGCACCCUGCACUCGGUUUACUCCAUCUACAGCGUCCGAUCCUACCUGCCGGAGAAACUCCAGAUCGUCAAGCCUCUGGAAGGUUCGGCCACUCUGCACGCAUGGCAGCAGCUCGCUCAGCCACACCUGGGUGGCAUCCUGGAUACACGGCCGGGCGUCGUGACCAAGGGCUUUCGACCACUGGAGCUGGACCUGGAAGAGGUGUACCAAUUCACUGACCUGGAGGAAGAUGAGCCAGGACAGCAUUCCCAAUCUGCCAUCUCUACCUCUUGCCUGGGCUCUCUGCCUUGUUCACCUGCUUUGCGACGACCUCGUGCCAACAAUACUGAUAACCAGGAAGAGCAGCUCAGAGAAAAUGGAGGGACCCCUGGAGUGGGGUCAGAUCGAAUGGAGGCUGUAGAGAAGGAGGUCUUAUCUGUUCAUUUCCCUGGUAAAUGUAUGUCUCACACCAGCUCCACAUACACAGUCACAACCUGCAGGAUCCUGCACCCUACAGAUGAACUCACCAGAGUCACACCCAGUCUUUUGUCAGGUCCAUCACCGGCUUCCUGUGUGAUGUCCAACAGCAGUCUGCGCUCAACCCCUGUGUCCACUCCUUGCACACCUCGUCGCCAAAGCCUGGCGGAGAGUUUCACCAACCUCCGCGACUCAACCAAGACCACCAGUACCUCUCUGGGACUAGUGCGCCUCCUACAGGAGAGAGGUAUAUCUGCUGCUGUCUAUAACCCUCUCAGUUGGGACCGGGCGGAUCGAGCCCCUCCACCAGACCCCUGUUCAUCACACACUGCCACCCCCACGCACACCGGCCCAGACACGCUCCCCUCCACCCCUCCAAACUCCCCCAGCAAAUCCAAACCCACCAGUCCUGUGUUCCCUGUAGACUACAGCCCCUCAGACCCCCCCUACGAAACCUUUCUGGCUUCACGACCAGCCAGCUCAAUUCUGAAGGAAGUGUGGGAGGCAGACGAAAGGGCUCGGACAGACACACCGUGUCAGACUGAAGUCAGUGUGCAGAACUUGAGACUUCUGGACAAGGUGAAGAAGUUUAGCCUGGCUCCCAGAAAUUUGACCCCAGGGAUGGGAAGGCUGGGACCGCCAUUUGGGGCCCACACUAUUGUAACUUCCCCUAUAGGGGGACUGCAAGUGCUGAACUCAGGGAUGAGAAGAAACCGCAGUUACCCAGCUAUGGUUGGGGCUAGUAUGACUAUGAAGGGCCCGGGGCCUCCCAGUGAGGACCUGCUGUUGACCCCUGGGCCACCCAGACAAACUAGCCUCAAUGAAAAGUGAAUGUUGCCUCUCUGUCGUCCCCUUUUGCCUUUCAUUUAUUUGUAAUUUGAAUCGAUACAGUAUAUCAUCCCUGCGACAACUCGAGUGCCUGUUAUUAAGAUGAUAUUUGUAUAGAUUAUUUUGUUAUAACAGUUGCUAUAACAACCUAUUUUGUCUCUGUCCAUCUGACCAACAUAUACAGAACAAUCCAUUCAGCAUUGUCACAUAUCUUGGUAUAUUCCAAGCUUUUGCCAUUGUGUGAAAAAAAAGAAGGAAUUUGCACUUGCUAGCUGCGAGAAAAUGUA